GGGUUGGAUGACUGGGGCACGUCCUCGCCAGUGUGGGCGGUGCGGGGAGGAGGGAAUUGAGGAUUACACCUCGGUAGGUGUGUGCACUGAAGGAGGCUGGAUCCAGGACUCUAGAGACUCGCUGCUGCUGUCACACAUGCUGGAAGGAUAAGCUGCCUGAUCCUGAGAGAGAGGAUGGUCACCAGGGUGUACACGGCAUCCUCCUCCUGCUCCACCACGAUAAAAAAGCAGCAGCAGGAUGUGACGCAGUAUCUGGAGUCCCACAAUAUUGAUUGGGAAAUGGUGGAUAUCACCAUGUCGGAGGAGCAGAGGCAGUGGAUGUACAGAAACAUUCCCAAAGACAAGUGGCCUGAACGUGGCAAUCCUCUACCUCCUCAGAUAUUUAAUGAUGAUACCUACUGUGGGGAUUAUAAUGAUUUUUUUGAAGCCAAGGAAAGUAAUUCAGUGUUAUCAUUUCUACAGAUAAAGCAAAAGCCAACAACAAAGGAUGCAGAAAUCUAGAAGUAUUGUGUUCCAGAGAUAAAGCACACAACUUUAGUUCAAUAUACCAUCAUCGUGUCAUCCAUGGUGGAAUUAGGAGGCAGCCAUGAUAAUUCUACAUUGCCCCACACAGGGUUUCUGAAAUUACAAGUAUCUCAUUACUAAUGGGCACAUUUGUAUAUAACCUGUUUUGCUGCAAACACCUCACACUUUAUUUGAGCUGGUCUUCCGUCUGUAAUGUCAGCAACAUCCUGAACAAUUCCACUUUUUCAGCCUUUUUUGGUACUUUGCCUAAAGGAUUGUUACCGGCUUUAGGUCUAGAUUAAGGUAUCCUAUCACCUUAUGUGUAUAUGUGAGAUGAACUUGCCAUACUGCAAAUUCAUAUACUAGUUCACUGUGGCUACCAUAAACCACAAACUUGUAAUAGUUUGAAAAAUAAUUUUCUCUUUCAUUUAUAGAUUGUGCAAUAUUUUAGGAAUUGAACCCAGAUCACAUGAUUAUAUUUUUAUAUGAGCCAUGUUGGCAAAAAAGAUUCCCCCCCACCUCCUUUUUUUUUUUUUUUUAUGCUUGUUUGUAAAACAGGGACCACAUGUAGAACUUUCUUGUAAUGUAAAAAGGAUGUAUGUACUAAUAAAAUUAAACUGCUUUGAGCCAUAGCAAUAAAUCGUCAAUCUAAGUCACAUCAUAGUCAUGAUAAAAGUCUAUUGGUCAUCGCGCAGCACAGUUGCAUGUUCAUAAUAGAUCAUCCUUAAAGUCAAUAUUGUAUAUGUUUUUUGUUUUUUUCAAUGUAACCCACCUUUCCAGUGAUAGAGCGGUUAUUCAACGAAAAUAUCCACUCUAUUACCUCACUCUGUAUGAGAAACUGCAAAUGCUAUAUGACUGUAAAUUAUUAUUUUUCAAGUAAACUUUUUCCUGCAUUAGAGAGAA